AUGUCAAGGGACCUUCACGGUUGGUUUGACGACUUAAGCACCGAGAUUCCGCUGUUCUAUUUGAAAAUCGUCUCCAUUUCUGAUUCGGUUAUUGUAGAAGACAGAUAUAAAGUCGUACUUGCGGUAGUAGCAUUGAAUCAAGAAUCGGCUGAUAUGAUAUUUUAUCGCUUGAUUGAAGGCUCGACACAAACAGAUAACCCACUCAUAAUGAAUACUUCAGUUCAUGUGACUAACCCUACUAUAUUCCGGAAAUGUCUGGAAUGGAAAGAGAAGGAAACCAUGAAGAAGUGGAAUGAUUAUUAUUCAAUGGAUUCUGCGGUCCCGUAA